CAUACAACCCAAUCGUAAUUCUCCACUCAUCGUCUGUCUCCAUGUCUUCUUCCAGCAGCACAUGUAUCGGAUUCAACAACACUCAAUUGCAGCUGCUGCAUCAUGUUAGGUCUAGAUUUCACACAUUGAAAGUUCCUGAUUGUUCUUCCACUCCUUUGCACUUUCAAUUUCAAUCUCAGUUGAAGCAUGAUCAAAUCACACAGUGUCUGCAACUCCGGUGUGUGCGUAGUGACGAUCCUCAUGGGUUAUCAGAUCCUCCUAGCAGCUCUAUAGAGCAAGAAGGUUCAGGGGAAUACAAUGAAAGUCAAGGGAAGUCAUCCUCAUCAUCAGAGAUAUUGGAAAAGCUUAGAAGAUAUGGUAUUUCAGGGAUACUGUCGUAUGGGUUACUGAACACUGCUUAUUAUCUAACUGCCUUUCUAGUAGCAUGGUUCUACAUAGCACCAGCACCUGCGAAAAUGGGUUAUUGGGCAGCUGUUAAAAGAUUUGUGAAAUUGAUGGCUAUGGUCUGGGCUGGAAGCCAAGUAACUAAACUUGUGAGACUUGGAGGGGCUUUGGCACUUGCACCUGUAGUUGAUAAAGGUUUGACCUGGUUCAUGGCCAAAUUCAAAUUCAAAUCACAAGCAACGGCCUUCACAGUGAUCGCCGGGUGCUGUUUUGGGCUUGCUGCUGUGAUGUUUCUUGUUGUAACAUUGCUUUCUGCGUAAACCUUAAUCGUUCUUACUUACCUUCAAGGACCACCUUCAUUGCUCUAGCGUUUUCGUCUGGGAUUUUGAAUCUUUACAAGGUUAUGGAAGAUUUUAAACCUGAUAUCGACCCCUACUGUCGCUCCUGCUUUAUUUGCUGGUAUUUUGCUGGGUUAUGUGAUGUAUGAUUGCACCCAUUACUACCUGCAUAAUGGUCAGCCAAGAAAUGAAAUCUCCAAAAGUCUCAAGAAAUACCACUUAAAUCAUCAUUUCCGAAUUCAAACAAAAGGAUUUGGGAUAACAUCAUCUCUUUGGGACAGUGUGUUUGGUACAUUGCCUCAAACCAAAUCACAUGAGAAAGAAAGGAAGCAGUGAUCAAUCAAAUCAAGAGUUGAUUAUGUGUUAGGUUUUAUCAUUUAUUAGCAGCAUGUUAGCAAUUGUUUCAUAUUUAUAUUUCAUCUCUCACCAGGCUUGUUUGGCUUCAAAUUUAAAUUUAAUUAUCAUCUUAUUAUUGUACA